AUGGCUUUUUCACAUACAGGCUUGCUUGGAGAUAAGCUCACCGGAAAGAGUUUAGAGAUCGGUGUCUGUGCUACGGCAUCGGCUGGAUUUUUGCUCUUCGGCUAUGACCAGGGCGUCAUGAGCGGUAUUAUCACUGAGCCAAUCUUCCUUGGUACAUUCCCAAAGAUGGCGAGUGACUAUAAGCUGGGCUCCAUCCAAGCUCUGGUCGUCGCCAUCUAUGAGAUAGGUUGUCUCUUGGGCUCUUUCUUCAUCAUAGGCUACGGUGAUAAACUUGGUCGUAGACGUGCAGUCCUUGUCGGGACUUUGAUAAUGCUUGUUGGAACGGCCAUACAAGCGUCCUCCACCACGCUUGCUCAACUCAUUGUGGGACGCGUAGUCACAGGUGCCGGAAAUGGCAUGAAUACCUCCAGUAUCCCUGUCUGGCAAUCAGAGAUAGCCCCUCCUAAGAUCAGAGGCUUUUUAGUACUGUUCGAAGGCGCAUUGAUCACUGCAGGAGUCAUGAUAUCUUAUUGGCUCAAUUACGGUCUCUUCUUCUAUAAUGCCAGUUCUUUUCAAUGGCGGUUCCCUGUCGCUUUCCAGGCAUUCUUCGGAGUCAUUCUUCUCGCGGGCAUCUUCGCAUUUCCCGAGUCCCCUCGAUGGUUACUCAAGCACGGUAAAGAAAAGGAAGCUGCUCAGAUCAUGGCACGCCUCAAGCAAUGCGAUCUCGAAGAUAAGGAACUGAAGAAGGAGAUCGACGAGAUCAAAAGGAUCAACGAAAUCACAGCCGGGACUAAGCUCACCGUCAAGGAGUUCUUUUCAAACAGAGACGACAUGAAUCUUUGGCGCGCUUCUAUUGCUUUCGCUUCGCAAGCUUUCCAGCAGAUUGGCGGCAUCAACCUUGUGACAUACUACGCUACUGUGGUCUUUGAAGAUUCUCUAGGCUUCGAUCCUACCUUUGCUCGACUUUUAACUGGUGUCCUCGGCACAGAAUACUUUCUGGCUGCUUUGGUCGCUCUCUUCGUCGUAGACCGAGCCGGCAGACGACGCCUGAUGAUGUGGAACGCAGGAGGCAUGGGUCUCGCCAUGAUGGUCGCUGGCAUCGGUCUCUCCACAGGAACUCAUUCAGGGGCAUUAGCAGCAACCGUCAUGAUUUUCCUCUUCAACACUUUCUUCGCCAUCGGUUGGCUCGGUAUCACCUGGCUUUACCCAGCCGAAGUCACUCCUAUUCGCAUCAGAGCCGAAGCAAACGGACUCUCGACAUCUGCAAAUUGGUUGUUCAACUACGCCGUGGUACAACUCUCGCCAAUCAUGAUCAAUAGUAUUGCCUGGAAGACGUAUUUUGUCUUCAUGUGCUUCAACUUUGCUUUUAUUCCCGUGGUCUACUACACUUUUGUGGAAACGAACGGAUACAAGCUCGAGACUAUGGAUGAGAUCUUCCGUAUUGCUCACAAGAACGGAGAAAAUCCUGUCAAGGUUGAGAAGAGAUUCCGCAAGGACAAUGCCGAAGGAGCGGCAGAUUCAGAAAGGAGAUCGUCAGUGAGCGGUGAAUGCGAGAAGCUUGAGGAUGAGCACAAGGAGCAUCUCAAUACGGAGGCUUGA